AUGCGGUUCUUACAAGGUCUGUAUGAAUCAUGUUUCAUAUUCAUUACGUUUGCCACAUUCGUACAUUCUGUAAACUAUGCCUCGUGCGAUGAAGAAGCUGUUUUUGAGAUAGUAAACAAAGGUAAUAUACAUUUUUACACUUCCUUUUACAAUUAUGCAUCAAACCUAAUGUGUUUGCAAAAUUAUUGCUUUUAUUCUAACUAUAAACUAACAUCAUUUUUACUGGAUAGUUCUUUCAGUUCUAAACUGUUCUCUCUAGAGAUCCAGUAAGGAUCAUCCCUUAUUGAUCCAGUGUUACUACAGGAGGAAACCUAAACUAAACCAACAUUAUUUACUGGAUAGCUCUUUCAGUUCUAAAAUGUUCUCCCUAGAGGUUCAGGAAGAAACAUUCAUAGAUGCAUGGGGCAGUGUUAUAACAGGAGGAAACUCGAGUGCACGGUGCUGUGAUAAGUAAACUGAAAACCGUCUGCAUGCGAGAUGAAAUUAUAAGACAACUACAUCCUGAAAAAAGUCACAUUCACUGCCAAACACCCUUGAUCGUAAAGUCAACUGAAUCAACAGAUGAUAGAUUAUGAUAUAGAUCAUGGAACUUUUGACAUAUGUUGCUGUAUACGAAACUCUAGUUAAUUGUUUUACUGAGAUAUCUAAUUGGCAUAAUGCCUCGCAUAAUCGAUUUCAUUAAAACUUUUCAUACUGUAUUUAACAAUGAGUUCGGCGUAUAUUGAAUGUACGCAUGAAAUUGGCUUGAUUGUGCACUUGGAUGCAACGAUAUUGAACAGCAUGAAAUAAACCACUUUCAUAACCCAGAUGGGUUGAAAUAUCGAAGGAUUACAAUUUUUAGUCCUAACCAGAAGCAGCUAUAGACCUUCUGGUAGGAAUUGAACCAGCACUCCUGCGAUUCCGGUACAUCACUCUAACCAACUGAGCUACAGAGUCCAGUAGCUCGGCAACUAAAACCUUUUUUCAUUAUUUAAUUUUCUCAAUAUGGUUGAGCCCUCAUUUGUUUACAAUUCUGCCAGCGAUCAUUUUUGUGGCGAUAUUUUUGUACCUUGGCCCUUGUGUGUGAAUUACAAAGUAAUUUAAAUCCUACUUCUACUAAACUAUUAUACAUGCAAUACUAAAAGUUGACGUUAGAAUAUCUAUGAAUACUAUUAAGAAUAUCUACUAUGAAUAUCGAUUAAGAUCUUGUCUAAUAGUUAGUUUAGUUACACCAAUUAAAUACUAUACACUAUCUUUGAGCUUUUGAAGCGUAAUAGUUAAUAAAACUGACUUUAAAACGAUUCGUCUUUAAAACUGGUAAGUCAUAUUUUGAGGUAGACCUAAGAUUUAUAUUGUUUGAAUUUAGUGGUGGUAGUAAAUCCGCUAAUUUGUGAUUAUUGUUAAGAGAUGCCGAGUUAAAAAGUUCUCUGCAUAGUCUAUCACUUCUAUGGACGCUUUCCCCUCUAUUUUCUACGAAUAGGAGAGCUACCGCAGGAAGACGUAAUUUCAAGUUACUCUGUAAAUUCUUGGCUUGAUUGUGGCGGGAAAUGUCUGGAGAACACAGAAUGUGUCACCUUCAGUCACCUUGAUGAGCUUCAUUCUGUUCACCACAUCAACUGUAAGAUGGCGAGCACCAGAAGUGAGUUUGUGAUCAUUGGAGAUGAAAUGUGGACAACUUAUGAAAUACGAAGCACUGGACUGGUGAGUAUCAAAAUGUUGAGAUGAUUGGGAACUUCAUAUGUAUGGUGUAUACCUACUGUUUGGAAAACUCAAUAAUUCAUGAAGAAAAUUCAAGAUAAAUCUAUGUUUAAUGAGGGGUUGUAUCCACAUAAACAAAAUUCUCAUGAUUUGCAUAAACUUUUUCCUCGAUUUCCUCAGUUGAAAUCACUUUCCUUUGAAUAAUUUCUAAAAACACAACUGUCAAAAUCCUUACGUUUUGCGUUCGUGUUGUAUCAGGCAUACGACUCUCGCAUUCGGCUCAGUUUGUAAAUCUGACAGAACAUGGCCGCUCAUGCUGUACAGAUCACAUAUUCUGUCUGUGUUUAUAGUUUAUCUAACAUAUGCAGUUUCUCUUUCUUAAGGAGAUAUGUUCAACACAGCAUCCCUGUUUAAAUAAUGGUCGUUGUGUCAGGAACUCGUGUGAACCCGAGGGAUAUAUGUGUAUAUGUAGUGAGUCACAUCAUGGAAGACAUUGUGAGAAUAAGAAUGGUAAGACAGAUUUAUACCAUGGUUAUCAACAUCAUCACCACCAUCAUCACCAUAAUAUCACCAUCAUCAUCAUUACCUCUGCCAUCACAAUCGUCAUUUUAAACAUCAUGACCAUCAGAAAAAGAAAAACAGAUUUUAUUAUUGUCUCAUCUUUUCUUAUGCGCGAAAAGAAAUCGACUCUUUAGAGACUGCCAGACACAAACCACGGCAGCUUAUUGUAGAAUACUACCUACACUGGACCACCACGUUUGAGAUAUCUUUUUCAGGUAGUUCAGACACAAACCACGACAGCUUAUUGUAAAAUAAUACCUACACUGGACCACCACGUUUGAGAUAUCUUUUUCAGGUAGUUCAGACACAAACCACGGCAGCUUAUUGUAGAAUACUACCUACACUGGACCACCACGUUUGAGAUAUCUUUUUCAGGUAGUUCAGACACAAACCACGGCAGCUUAUUGUAGAAUACUACCUACACUGGACCAUCACGUUUUUAAUAAUCUUCAACUAUAGAAUGUACCUAACACGAAACCGUUUCCUCUCUAGAUUCAUAUAACUUCGACGUUGUAUUUGCAUCUCAAUUAGCUACAGAGCGGUCAUAUAUCGAGGUGGACAACAUGAUCAUAUCUGACCUGACAGAGUUCACAUUUAGCACCUGGUUUAAGAUUUCAAUAGGACUGUAUAAAUACUAUCUACUUUCACACACAACAGCCGAUAAUGUUGCUGGCAAUCUUGAAUUCUGCUUUAAAAGUGGAUCCGACGAACGAGCGCCAGUUAACAAAAUAUUUGUAACGCUUCUUCAGAGUACAUAUAGGUAAGAAGUUAGAUAAAGGUAGGGGAUGCUAUAAUCAUCUUCCUUUACAACUUAGUGCUGAAUUACGAAGGAGGAGAUCGAGUCUUACUAAGCUUUCAUCUCUUGCUGUCUCUAUGCGAUCCAUGUCUGAGCAAUUCGAAAAAGCUUUCGUGGAAUCAAGCUGACAGCUGACAAUUGGCUUGGACUUUAUAACUGAAGUCUCCGAUUGAUAAGGCCGAUCUAGAAUACAGAAUUUUUGCCUAAAACUGUCGAAUGCAACCUGCUUACAACUUGAGUUGUACUGUGUAAAUCAAGCACACAACUCACUUAUAUGACAACGUACGAGAGUCAUGUGCUUGACUUACACAACAAGGAGAACUUCGAUGUUUCGAGCGAAGGCCCUAUUUUUCAGCUAGUUGCAUUCCUAUCAAUUCACCGAAGCUUUCUUAUUAUUGCCACCAAGACAUCUAAAGUCUCCUGUUAUGAUUCUACUAUUAACAAACACGAUGGUUAAAAAUUAUUAUUUUGCAGAGCUUUCAAAAUAACCCGGCGGCUGCCGGAGCUCCGUCGGGUGCCACGAGAUUCACCGCCGGUUACUUUGUUUAGUACUCGAAAUAUCAAUUCUACUCUCCUUCCUCCACUCUAAGCUUUCAAACAAAGUUACUUUUCAUCAACCUGGUCUACUUUAUAACCUGGUUAUUUUCGAAAAUGACGUACUAUUUCGUUAAACCGAUUUAGUUAUUCGCCAUCUUAAAUCUUGAAGUUAUUUUGUCGAAGAAUGAAAGUAGUGAUACAUUAUAAUUUGGUUACAUAGCUCAUUUGUGUUGCUAUCUAAUCAAUGCUGUUGCUAUAUCUAAUCAAUAUACAAUAGUUAAUAAAGAUGACUUUAAGACUCCGGUCUAGACCACUCCCUCCCAACAGCCGCCUACUUUAUCAAAACAGACACCUACUCAGAAUAAUUCUGAUAGCCCUGAUUUUGCCCCUUUUUUCCUAGUGCUCACAUGCCUCCAGUCGACGACAAUGUCUGGCAUCACUUGGGGAUUAGAUGGGAUAAUACAAUGGGCAGUAUGGACAUCCUGAUAGACGGCACACCGUGGUAUAUAAAUGACAAUAUACGAAAAGAUAACGUCAUUCCAAUUGGAGGGAAAUUUGUCAUAGGACAGCAAUAUAUAGCUUCUGGCUUCGAACCUAAAUCAGGAUUUCUUGGUCAACUAAGUGGUAUGAAUUUUUGGAAUACAUCGUUCCCAGGAGAAAUGUUAGAGUCGAUGGCUCAGUUAGCAGUGCAUUUAGAAGGAAAUAUAUUGAGAUGGUCCAAUGUCCUUGGUAAUAUUUUUGGCGAUGUACAAGUGGUUAACCCAUCAAAUGCUGUUAACACAAGUAAGUACUUUUUUAAUACGCAUGUUGUAUGUGUGGGAAAAUAAGUUAAUACGUCACAGGGUGGUGUGGACAACAGUGAAUCGUGAAAUGGAUGGCAUGGGGAACAGUGGGACCUUCAACACAAUGGAAAAUGAAAGAUUUCGAUCAUGACUGGAUGGCAUGGAGAACAGUAGGAUUUUCAAAAACAAUGAAAAGACAAUGGAACAUUCCGAUCACUGGAUCAUGACUGGAUGGCAUGGAGAACAGUAGGAUUUUCAAAAACAAUGAAAAGACAAUGGAACAUUCCGAUCACUGGAUCAUGACUGGAUGGCAUGGAGAACAGUGAUUUCGACCACUAAAUCGUGUCUGGAGAGCGUGAAGGACAAUAUGAUUUCAAAACAAUGAAAAGAAAAUUAGGCAUCCAGAUCACUGCAUCGUGCCUGGAUGGAACUACUGUUACGUUGAGAGUUUAGCACAAAAAGCCCAUUUUCGUAUUUCCUUGCACCGAAGGCUUUGCCUCCAAUAAAGCGUGUUUUCGACAAAACAAUUAUAUCUGUCACUGUGUAAACCAAGGGGCGUCCACGUAUUCAUUUUGCAGUUUUUUCUCAAACCACAUGCAUUCUCUGUUCUCUAGACAAAGGUCCGAACUUCGAACUGCAAUUUCAAAACUCAGAUGUGCAUAGUGACGUAAAUUAUGUUUUAUCCCCUGGUCCUGAAGAACCAUUCCAUGAGAUCACUAUUUGCCUCUGGAUGAAAACAUCCCAGCCAGCUAUAUUCGUUUCCUAUGAUGUUGAGUGUGAAAUUAGCCAGACUUUUUCAUUUGGGAUCGAUGCAGCAUAUUCUUUGUAUGCAAAUGUUAACGGGAGCAUUCUCACAAGGUAUUUUUUGUAACUACUUUAGUCUUAUUUAUCAUAAUCAUUACUAUCCUCGUCACCAUUAUCACCAUCAUCAACAUCGCCAUCACCAUCAUCAUCGCCAUCAUCAUCAACUAUAUCAAAGUCAUCAUCAUCAUAAUUACCAGGUUCACCAUCAUCACCAUCACCUAAUAUUUACUUCUAUUCUUUCUUUUAGCAGUGUAUCAGAUGCGUCAAUCAUAAACAACGAUUGGCAAUAUCUUUGUGUUGUAUUGAACGACAAUGAGAUAGCUUUCUAUCGUAACCAGUAUCGGCUAGACGAUGCGACACAUACUUUCAACAAUUAUUUUCCAACUGGAGGAAAAUUUCGAAUUGGUGUGGCAAAAAAUAAUGGCUCGUAUGUAAAUUCAUUCGUUGGAACACUAACUUGUUUGAAUAUUUGGUCGAUCCAUCUUAAAGCUCUUUUCAUUAACACGAUGGCGAGCGGUGCGAUGAAUAUAAAUGGCGAUCUUCUCGCAUGGAGAAAUGUACCAGCACAGAUUGUUGGUAAUUUAGUGAUGAUACCCAACACUGAGAUAUACGGUGCAGGUAUGAUCCAUUAUUUGCGAUAAGCAUUUCUAUAUCGUAAAUUCAUACCUGGAUAUGAUCAAGUGUUACACUUACCUAAUUACAUACUUUUUACCUAAUUAUGUACUUUAUCUUCACAAAAAUUGUGACAUUAAUUUCUUAACUGUGUUAUUGUUACCCACCCUGUCAACUUUCUCUGUGGGAAGAAACCGGGGCACCCGGAAAAAACCCACGACUUUCAACAAAGCAUUCACCGACUCUUUUCACAUGUGUCCGUAGAAACGAAGCGAUGCUCUCAAGAGGUGAAAGGCGUUGUUAUAAAAUUGUAUACAAAACAUACAUAAGCAACUUACAGCAAGUUAGAUUUCUAGUUAAGAAGUCGCGUUCCUGGCUUGUCUUAAGUUACAGAUGCCAAGACUAUACGCAUUGCACCUGUUUUAACCACCUGCCCAGACAAACAACUUAUGGAACAUUCAUUUUUUCAGGCUACAGUUUAACUGAGAAGCGAUCAAAAUGGUGUAUUCAAAAUGUGCCCCUAGACUGUCCUUUGUACGCCAGAAUAGGAGGGGAUGUCAACGGGGACAGAAUGGCGUGGAGAUGUUACUGUUCUGAAUCUAUGCAUGGAGGAAUGCAUACUUACAAAAGUUCAAGUAGAAGUACGGCCUACGAAACUAAACAUGAAGAACUACUGGCUGUUGUUUACAUCUAG